UCAGAAAUAAUACGGAGUCAUCUCUGGCGUUAGCAACUGCUCAACGUAUAUGCAUAUUCACUUGUUUCCUUGACUUGUAACACCGGUCAAAGUACGUCGAUCAUUAUCAUUUUUUUAAUCAACAUCAGUAGCAGUGGAAAGUCGGAGUGCACUAAUUUUCAGUGUCAGUGAAGGCGUUACCUCCAUCCAAUCAGUCAACAAUUCAAUUCCAGUCCUAUUUCCCUGCAUUUGCGUCUCAACAGUAUUUUUCUAGUUACAAAAAUGGUGCGAAGGGAAUCAGUGUACGUUGUUGGAGUGGGUAUGACCAAGUUCGAGAAGCCAGGUAAACGAGAUGAGUUCGAUUAUCCGCAAAUGGCGAAGGAAGCAGUAACAAAAGCCCUGAAAGAUGCUAGGAUUCCCUACGAUGAGAUAAAAGCUGCCUGCGUUGGCUACGUCUAUGGUGAUUCCACCUGUGGUCAACGUGCCCUUUACGAGGUGGGACUGAAUGGCUGUCCAGUCUAUAACGUCAACAACAACUGCUCCACUGGCUCCACAGCCCUGAUAAUGUCAAAACAAAUAAUAGAAACAGGGAAGGCAGACUGCGUUCUGGCUCUCGGUUUCGAAAAGAUGGAGCGAGGCUCUUUGACCUCCAAAUUCACUGAUCGAACCAAUCCAAUGGACAAGCAUGUCACCCUGAUGGCGGAGAUUGCUGGGAUGAAUGAGAGCCCCAUCACAGCACAAUUGUUCGGUAAUGCUGCUAUUGAACACAUGCAGAAGUACGGAACUACACCUGAACAUUUUGCUAAAAUAGCGUACAAGAAUCAUAUGCAUUCGGUCAACAAUCCAUACUCUCAGUUUCAAGAAAAAUAUUCCCUGGAGCAGAUCAAGAGCUCACCCAAGGUCUUUGGACCAUUAACUAAAUUACAAUGUUGUCCAACUUCCGAUGGUUCGGCAGCAGUUAUUCUGGCCAAUGAGGACUUCGUUCGACGUCAUAAUUUGUAUGGACAGGCGGUGGAAAUUCUUGCAAUGGAAAUGACCACUGACACUGCCUCCACUUUUGCAGAACGUAGCAGCAUUAAACUUAUUGGAUACGACAUGACAAAGAACGCAGCAGACAAAUUAUUCUCCAGUGUUCCAUACGGUCCCACCGACGUGGACGUCGUGGAACUCCACGACUGUUUCUCAGCGAAUGAACUCAUCACCUACGAGGCUCUCGGUCUCUGUCCCCCGGGGAAAGCUGGAGAGCUGAUCGACAGUGGGAAUAACACGUAUGGAGGGAAAUACGUGAUAAAUCCAAGCGGAGGAUUGAUCUCCAAAGGUCAUCCCCUGGGUGCCACUGGUCUAGCCCAGUGUACAGAGCUCUGCUGGCAGCUUCGAGGGCAGGCAGAUAAGAGACAAGUGCCCGGUGCUAAACUCGCGCUCCAACAUAACAUCGGUCUUGGUGGUGCUGUUGUGGUGGCUUUGUACAAACUCGGCUUCCCCGGUGGCAUCAGGAAGAACCUGGUGAAUGCAGCAAUAUCCCCCGAUCAAUUCAAGGCCAAUGCAGUCUUCAAGGUGUUCGAAGUGGCCAUGAAAGAGGACGAGGAUCAGCUCAUCGAGAAAUUCCGCGGAAUCUACGGCUUCAAGAUCACUAAUGGACCUGGCGGUGCCGAGGGAUACUGGAUCGUCAAUGCUAAAACUGGAAAAGGAUCUGUGGAGUUUAAUGGGAAGGACAAACCCGAUGUUCUCUUCACCAUCAGCGACACCGAUAUCAUGGACUUUAUCUCUGGAAAAUUGAAUCCACAACAGGCCUUCUUCCAGGGGAAAAUCAAGAUCAAGGGGAAUAUGGGGCUGGCUAUGAAGCUGCCUGAACUCCAAAAGAGAGCAGCGAAAAAAAUUGAACUUCUGAGAGCUAAAUUGUAAGAUAAGUCUAAUAUAUCCGGGCAGCAGGGAGUGGGGCAAAAUGAACUAGACAAAAAACGUCUGCUGAGGCAAUUCAAGCAAAAAAAAUUUUUUCUCCAUCUUGUUUGUUAACUUUUUUUAUCGUUCGAAGGUGAUGAGAUAAGAAUAACGAUCUUUCAUUCAAUAUUGGUAUUAGCAACCUCUACAUGGCGUAUCGAGUAUCUUCUCAGAUGAAGCCGAGGAUUCUAAAGAUUGAGAUCAUAAUUUCACAGGAAAAUAGGACUCGUCUGAGGAGACUAAAGGGAGUUUCUAAAGGGCAAGGAUUUUUUUUACUUCAAUUGCGUCAAAUAGUUAUUUUUCGAUUGUUUUACUUUGCCGGAUUCACUCCUAUUAGGUUGGAAUGAUUUCAGUAGGGCAGGGGUAGAACGAUGUGAAUACAAUGGCCUUUUGAAUGGUGAGUUUUGAUAUUUUUUUCUGGGUCUUUGGAAAAUUUUCCUCAGACCGAGAGAACUGUUAAAAAGUACAUCUUGAGGUGAAUAAUUUAACUUCGUUCUGCCAUUUCUCUAAUGAUUCUGCACAUUCCAAGCCGAAGCAUUGAUGUUUUAUAGAGGCUAUUAUACUGACGCAAAUUACAACCAGAGGAAUAGUUUAUUUAUGGAACAUUCGAGACAUGCAAUAGAGAGUGAAAUAAAAAUAUCGUGCAAUUUUAUUUGUCACCAAUUACAGUAGAAAAAGGGAAAGAAGAGUUUCGUGCAAUCAGGAAAGAUUGGAAAUCAGCGGAAAUUGAAUAAAAAAUAAAAGGUGUAGUAAAGCAUAAAAUAAAAGACGAAUCUCCCAUGUUUUUCUUCACGUUUAUGGUCAGUUUAUUAAAUACAUGUUGAGGCUGUGCAGAUUUGUGGGCAAUGUUGCACAAAUGGACUAUUCACCUAACGUAUUCUUACUCUUUAUAACUGAUGACAAUUCAAUUUUAGCGAACUGCGCGCAUAUAUGAUAAAACAUGACGUCAGGGUACCGCAUAUGGAAAGGCAGGGGAAGGGCUUUAACGAUAAUCCACAAAUUUUGUAUAAUCAAAUAGAUUUUUAUAUUGAAAAUGUUACGUAAUCUGUUGUAUACUCAUGUGGUUUUCAAUAAAAUCGAUUGGGUUGGGA